CAUAAUUGCCGCUCCUCCUCUGCAAUUCUGCCACAACAUCACACAGACCGCAUGCUAUCGCUUUUUCGCGCCUUUGCCCGACAGUGUCCGCAUUCCAGGGCCUGCUUUCCUCCUGUAUCUAGAUCCAUUCAUUCACCAUUACAGAAUGACCAGAUACAUUUGAGCACCAUCCUCGAUGAGCUCUCCGAGGCAAGCGCAUCUGCAGCAAGUAACCCAAAUACACCAUGGAUGCAGCAGGGCGUGCGCAGAAGGUUCGACCACAAACUGUUCAUAAGACCUCAUUACUUCUCACACGAUCACCGGUUCAAAGGCCCUCCGCCAUUUUCGAAACGACCUCUCAUCGGUCCUGGAAAAAAAAAAGCGAAGCGACAGGACGUCUUCUACCGCUUGGGCAUUGAUCCUCUGCAAGAGGCUUCCAAUGAUGUCCUUAUGAGCUCUUUUGUCACCGAAAUGGGAAAAAUCAAGCACCGCGCUGAGACUGGCCUCACCACGAAAACACAGCGCAGGUUGGGCAAAGCCAUCCGUCGCGCGAAGAUGAUGGGCGUCAUCCCCGUACUCAGUAGUGCAAGGCUUCCUUGGAAUUAACAUUAAUCAUUACUCCUCUCCCGCCUGUUUAUCUGCAUCUGCUC